UGUGUGUGUGUGUGUGUGUGUGUGUGUGUAGAUUUCCCAUUCCCCUUCGGCUGGGUGACUGGUUACAUCGCCAUCCUGGUCGGAGCUGGAAUGACCUUCAUCGUCCAGAGUAGUUCUGUCUUCACCUCCGCUAUCACUCCACUCGUUGGUAUUGGUGUGAUCAGCAUCGAGAGGGCGUACCCUCUGUCGCUAGGGGCCAACAUCGGCACGACGACCACGGCUAUACUGGCAGCCAUGGCAGCACCUGGAGACACACUGGCCAACGCUCUACAGAUCGCUCUGAUUCACUUCGUGUUCAACGUGUCUGGUAUCAUCUUGUGGUAUCCAAUCCCCUUUACCCGUAUCCCCAUCCGAUUGGCUAAGGCCCUGGGUGACAUCACGGCAGAGUAUCGCUGGUUCGCCGGCGUCUACAUCAUUUCCUGCUUCUUUCUCCUGCCCCUCUUCGUCUUCGGCCUAUCGAUGGCCGGCUGGAAGGUGCUGGUUGGUGUGGGCGUUCCCAUAGUGACCCUGUUGAUCAUCAUCAUUAUAGUGAACGUGCUUCAGGCACGGCUACCCAGCUGUCUCCCCGCGGUACUGCACUCCUGGGACUUCCUGCCUCUCUGGGCCCACUCCUUAGAACCCUGGGACCGCGUGGUCGCCGUGGGAGCCGCCAAAUGCUGCUGCUGCUGCAAGUGUUGCCAGACCGGACCGGAGGAGGAGGAGAAAGGAGGAGGGCAUUUCCUGGAGAUGUACGACCACCCUGCCAUGAUGAACGGUGUUGACUGGGGGGAAAAGAGGGAGGACAAAGAGGAUGUGUUGAAAGCAACGCAGCUUUGAUGCGCCGCGACACUUCGUAACCGCAUCAUAUAGGCAUUAUAACCCUGUGAUUAUGGUAUUAUGACUCUUCUAUAACAUGGUUAUAAAGGUGCUAUGUACAAAAUUACAAUAACUAUUCCAAAAUUCCCUAUUUGUUUUCCUAGAAAUCCUGGUUAGAGGAUUCCCAGAUGUCCUGGUUAUUUCCUCGUAAUUCCAGGAAUCUUCUAAACAGGAUUUCUGGGGGGGAAAAAACAGGACAUUUGGGGGAAAUUACCGCAAUUUUGCAACAAUAGUCCUAUGUCAUGUCCUAUGUCAUGUCCUAUGUCAUGCCCUAUGUCAUGGCCUAUGUCAUGCCCUAUGUCAUGUCCUAUGUCAUGUCCUAUGUCAUGUCCUAUGUCAUGCUUAUGAGAUGUUAAACAGUGUUAUGUCAUAUUCCUAGAUAUCAGUCCGGAGCUACGACCUAGCAGCUCGUAAAGUUGGUCGCAUAUGAACAACGUACUAAUAAUAAUAAUAAUGGAUUGGAUUUAUAUCGAGCCAAUGUGUGGGUGGUGCACCGGCAGCCAUUUUGUGCCAGAACGCUCAUCAUAUAAUUUCACCUCAUCCACCACCAAUGUGUGGGUGGUGCACCGGCAGCCAUUUUGUGCCAGAACGCUCAUCACAUCAUUUCACCUCAUCCACCACCAAUGUGUGGGU